GUUUAUUGCACCAGGUAGGCCUAUAUAUAUUGUACAGUUGUUUCUAGCACUAUUGCACUCUGUUGCACCUUUCCGGAUAGAUGCCAAACUACUUUUUGUUGUCUGAGUACAACGACAAUAAAGUUGAGUCUAACAUGCUGUAAUCUAGUCUAGUUUAAAUUCAGCCUGUGUUGUAAUUCUGUAUAGGAGUUUUACUGGUUCAUUGCCUCUGUCACUGCGGUUUUUAUGUUGUUCCGUACUGUAGCAUAAGACACAGCAGAGAGCUUAAAUAGUGCUGAUGUUAGCAGCAAAUAUAAGCUGGUUAAAUUUAGUUUUUACUUAUCUGCUUUAAUAAAGGCCCCUUCUGGAUAUUGAAAUUAUGGUAAUACCUGACGGGGCACAAGUAAUACAGUAUUAUGCUCUUACUUAUGUAUUAAUUAAUCACAAACUAAGUCUUACAUACUGAUCUCAUGCGCAUUCUUCAUUAAGGAUUUGUGACGCAUGUUUUAUCUCAAGCAGUUACUAUAUUUAUAUUAAUAAUUCUGUAAAACUUCGUGCACUACUGAAGGAACAAGUAAUGAACAACAUAAGUCAAAUACUUAUCCCUUGUUUGUUCAUCAUUAAUGAAUAAACUCAUACUGUAUACUGUAUCUUUUGUCUGAAAUAGCAACAAAAGAAGAAAUAGUUCUUGUUGGUCUGUAGAGUGAAACAGGAAAUAAGCAGACACCCAAUCUAACAUGUAUAUAAAUAGUUCUGAGCGAGAAAGGGGGAGAGGGGAGGGUUUGAUUCAUGCAUAUUAAUUCUACAGUCCUUGAACAGACAGUGUGUUAGAAAGAAGAGCAGCAGAGAUGGGACUUCAGUACGCUCUGAAUUUCUGGAUACUAGCUGUUGUCUUUCUACCAGGGCCGCUGGGUAGCGAAUGGGGUGUAGAGUAUUCAAGAAAUCGACUCUGUGCCAUCAGAAGAUCCACUGUGGUCAUUCCUUGUUCAUAUAAAUAUCCAGAUUCAUUAAGAGUGGAAACAGUCUUAUGGUGUAAUGAUGAGUACUGUACUAAGUCAUUUGUCUUUCACAGUAGUAAUACAGACGUUAGAACUGAGUACAGAGACAGGGCAGAAUAUUUAGGGAAUAAAGAGAAGAACUGCACAUUACAGAUAAAGAACAUUACAGACAAAGAUGCUGGUGUGUAUACAUUUAGGUUCAUGACCAAUGUAGAAACGGGAAAAUAUACUGGAAGCCCUGGGACGACUCUUACAGUUGAUGAAUUAAAGGUGGUGAUGACCUCACAGAAAGAGGGUAAAGGAGUAAGUGAAGGAGACUCUGUGAGUUUGACAUGUGGCACAGACAGCUGCUCUCUCAGCCAAUCAGAAUUCACCUGGUUUAAGGAUGACCAGCAGCUCCCAGAAACACAGUCCACACUUCACUUCAGGCCUGCCUGCAAAUAUCACUCUGCAAACUACUCCUGCGGAUUAAAAGGCAACAGACAGACUGUGUCUGAAGAAGUGAAUUUGUCUGUUGAAGAUGUUACAUGGGCUGUACAUUACUCAGAGAGAAACCUGUGUGCAGUGAGAGGAUCGACUGUGCUCAUUCAGUGUGAAUAUAAGUAUCCAGAGCCACACAAAGUGGACUCCAGGAUGUGGAGUCAUAAUGAUGUGGACUGUACUGGAAAAUCAUAUGUCUGUCACAGUAAUAAUGCAAACAUUAGUGCUGAGUACACAGGCAGAGCGGAAUUCUUGGGGAACAAUGUUAGGAACUGUACACUGCAGAUAAAGAACAUUAGAGAGACGGAUGCUGGAGAGUAUAGAUUCAGAUUCAUAACGAACGGGUGUGAGAAGUGUGGUGGACCUGGAGUGACUCUUCAAGUUGAUGAACUGAAGGUGGUGAUGACCUCAUCCAGAGCAAAUGGAACACUAAGGGAAGGAGACUCUGUAAAUCUGACAUGUGACACAGACAGCUGCUCUCUCAGCCAAUCAGAAUUCACCUGGUUUAAGGACAACCAGACGCUCCCAGAAACACAGUCCACACUUCACUUCAGUCCCAUAUCCUAUCAUCACACAGGAAAAUAUUCAUGUGCUUUAAAUGGCAGAACGGUAGCUGUAUCUAACAAAGUGAAUAUCAUUGUUGAAAGUCAUUUUAAUACAAUAAUUAUAAUUACUGUUGUGGGAGUAUUAUUGCUUAUGUUAAUUGGAGCUGUUGUGAUUAUCAUCUUCAUGAAAAGGGUAAAUUCACUCAAUGUGGACAAAAAUCAGGGAACCAAGAAGAGAGAAGACAAGGACCUGUGCAGCGAUUCAGAAACACAGGCUGAGUCAGCUAUUUAUGCCAAUUGCAUGGAUUCUUCUAAGGAGAAGAGUGGGACCAGCAACAGAUAUUCUGAGGAAUCCUGUGAGCUCCCAGACUAUGAAAAUGUAAAUAUCGAAGAAACACUUUAUGAAAAUGCAAAUAUCGAAGAAACGGCACAAUAACAGACCUGGUGGAAGAGAAACAACUUGGGUCAAAAAACACAUGGAAAUAAAUGUACAGGUUUUUAUUGGGGUUACAGUUUUAGUAUCUGUGGCUGUAUUUUCUCUUGCCACACUGAUAAUUCUCAAAAUACAUUUCAUGUUUAUACAUACAGACAAACUGUAUUUGAAAAUGUGAAAAAUAAAAACUGAAUAAAGCUUUU